CCGUUUGUCACGACGCAGAAGCACCGCUUUUUUGCUCUCUUUCUCCCCCCCCAUCCCGCUGCCGACCCGUACCUUCGGAGGCACCGAAGAAGCGGAGCCCUGCGCUAGACCGGCCACUGGACCUGGACGCACGUACAGUACAGAGUACACUCCAUCAACUGGAGACUGGACACUGGAGCCCAGCCGACAACGACGACUGGACGUCACUCUCACACACCUCUCUCUCACCUCUCGUCCCGCCCUCCACCGUCUCGUCUCGUCCCUCGCCCUCUCCGACCAAGCAGAGACAAACAUCGCGCGCGGUCCUUGUCCGAAAAAGCCUUGGCCUGCUCACCUUACCCGCCACGCCACGCAAGCACCCCCCCUCCCCCCCAUCUCCAAUUGGAUCCGUGCCUUUUGUGGCCGCACACCGAAGAGACUCUUGAGACAGAGUUGCCCGGAGAGCAUCGUCAGACCGCCGCCAGAUCCACCCUUACCCCGAACACCCCGACUGGCCCGGAGAGUACCGCUUCCCGGAAGCCGUGUGAACCAUGGAGACCGUCAUUGAUCACCAUGUCGUCGAGGUGGAUGAGUUCGAUGCUCUGUCUAUCGAGGUGAAGACGGCCGCCGGCCCCGUUGAGUCGGUCGUGUCGGUUGCGCCCAUCCCGACCAAGUUUCCCGCUAAACUCCACGCCCGCAAGGUCGCCGCGGAGCUCAACGCCGGCGAUGGCCUCGUCUUCCUGCCCGGCGAGCCCAGCCGCAGCUACGAGGACUCGGACAUGGGGCCGGCCUUCCGACAGCGGCGAUACUUCUACUACCUGAGCGGCGCCAACUUCGCCGACUGCGCCGUGACCUACGAGCUCGCCUCGGACCGCCUGAUCCUCUGGAUCCCCUACGUCGAGCCGCGCCAGGUGCUGUGGUUCGGCUCGACACCCGGCAUCUCCGAGUGCCUGAAGCAGCUCGACGUCGACGACGUGCGCUACACGACCCAGCUCGACAAGUUCCUGUACCGCCACCUCGCGCCCGGCUCGACGCUGUACGUCCUCCACGCCGACCAGGCGCCGCUACACGGCGACUUCUUCCGCUCCGCCGCCGACGUGCGCAUCGACGUCGCCUCGCUGCAGCCCGCCAUGGACCAGGCGCGCGUCGUCAAGACGGACUACGAGGUCGCCAUGAUCCGCAAGGCCACGGCCGUCUCGGCGGCGGCGCACCGGCGCGUCGCCGAGAAGCUGCUGAGGCUGGAGAAUGAGAGCGAGAUCGAGGCUCUCUUCCAGGCCCGGUGUACCACCUCGGGCGCGAGGGAGCAGGCCUACGCCAUCAUCGCCGGCAGCGGCCGGAACGCGAGCACGCUGCACUACGACGCCAACGACGAGCCGCUCCAGGGCAGGGAGCUCGUCGUCUUCGACGCCGGCUGCGAGUGGCACUGCUACGCGAGCGACAUCACCCGCACGCUGCCCAUCUCGGGCGCCUUCUCGCCCGAGGCCAGGGCCGUCUACGACAUCGUCGCCAGGAUGCAGGACGAGUGCAUCUCCUCCAUCCGCCCGGGCACCCUGUUCUUCGACCUGCACAUCCACGCGAGCAGGGUCGCCCAGCAAGGGCUGCUGGCGCUCGGCGUCCUCAAGGGCGACCCGGCCGAGGUCUGGGACGCCGGCACCGUCGCCGCCUUCUUCCCGCACGGCCUGGGCCACCACGUCGGGCUCGAGGUCCACGACGUCUCGGGGCGCGAGAGGCUGCUACUGCUGAACACCGUGGCGGCUGGCGGCCAGGGGGGCCGCGUCGGGAAGAGGGAGGUCGUCACGCCCGAAAUGCUGGCCGCCAUGGACAAGGCCGCCACCGCCUCGGGCGCCGCUGCCGCCUCCCCGCCGUACAGGGGCCGGCAGUAUCUGCGCAAGAACAUGAUUGUGACGGUCGAGCCCGGCAUCUACUUCUGCAGAGAGUAUAUCGAGGGCUACUUCCUCAGCAACCCCCGACACGCCCGCUUCAUCAACAAGACGGUGCUGGAGCGGUACUACCGCGUCGGCGGCGUGCGCAUCGAGGACGACAUCCUGGUGACGGACGACGGGUACGAGAACCUCUCGACGGGCGCGCCCAAGGGCGAGGAGCUGCUGAGGGUCAUCAACGGGAAGGCGUAGCGGCCCGCGAGGGGCUGGGUAGUGUUUUUUGUUCUUGGGGGGUUGUCUUUGUGAAGCAUGCAUGCUGAUUUCGGUGUUGUUGUUGUCGUCGUUGUUUGCCACAAACCUGCAUAGUGUGUUUCGUUUCUUUGGUGUGUAUUUCGACGACGUUGAGAUGGUUAGCCUAUGGUUUUUGUCGGUCUACCCGCCCCCUAGACAUUUGUUGACGUACAUGGCCGACGUGUCUUUCAUUCCUGUGCCCAGAUGUUGAUGGGGGCUUUUGUCUACUCUGAACUGCCCAGGUACCGUGUGGGCAUCCAACCGUUGAUCGAGCCGCAGUUCGUUCGACGCGGACCCCCCCGUGUCGGAGAACUGUGCCGGGCAAUGAAGGCGUCCACGCCGUGCUCUCGGGUAUUUGUCUGCUCUCGCCCGCUCCUC